UUGAAAAAUUAAGGCCUAAAAAUAAUUUAACUGUUGUACGAUUUAAUUAAUUAAAUUAUUAUUAUUUUAUUUUAUUUUUUUUACAAUAAACGUCACACUUAGUAAUUUUGAAAGUAGUUUCAUUAACUCAAAACAAUUGUAAUAUUAAAAAUAAACGCGUUUCCUUGUUAAAUGUGUGAUACAAUUUCAGAUAUUCCAAUGGCAUUCGCCAACAAUUAUUGCAAUGAUAAAAGACGAAUAAGAUUUUUAAUAAACGAAAACGUCAAAUGUAUUGUAAAGUUGCAAGAUCUUCAUAUGUUUCAAGCUUUAAAAGCCACCAAUAGUAGCGUCUUAAGUAUGGAGGAAACAAUUAAUGCCACGAAGAGCGAAUUUCAUACAAAUUGGACUUUGGUCAUAUGCGAUGACAAUCAAUGCCGAGCAUAUAAUAAAACUGGUGAUGAACCUCAUUGUACCGAUAUUUACUGCGAGAACAUCGCUACUACUGUGCAAUAUAAUUUCUAUUAUUACAAUUCAAGAAUCACAAAAGCUGUAUUAAAAUGACACGUUCAGAAAGUGUCCAUGCGAAUUCCUUUUAUAACACAGACUAUUCAAGUAAAAUUCUAUUUAAGCAACGAUUCUAUAGAAAAUGUCAUCAAAUUAAGCGGCAAUCCGGGAUACAAUUGGGGUCUACCAAUUAUAAUAUCGAGUGCCGAGAGUAACCAUACACUGCAUUUCUUCAAUAAGACUCAUGAGAAAACAAUUCUUACGUAUCCAUAUAACAGAAAUGGGAAAUGUCUAUCAUCAAAUGUUAGAUACAACAUAGUUCAAUUUGGACACAAUAAAAGAAGCAAAUGCAGAUACCACAUACAACAGAUCGACUUAAAAAAUGGCACGACCGCUUGUCAUUUGAUACAAAAUCAAAUAUUAAAUUUACUGGGACUAAAUUCUACACUCUAUAUAUCGCCGUAUGGUAAUCCUGAACGUCUAAGCGACGAGCGAUGGCUACGAAUGCAAAUCGUAAGAACCUACAUAUAUGGGGUGUUCAAAAAUAACGAAUUGAAGUGCAACAACAUUAUAGCGAGAAUCGGAUAUGUUAUGGCGUAUGAAAGUGAACAACUUGUAUAUGUGAAGGUCGAAGGCACCGCACAAAACAUAACAUUCGACAUAGAGGACAUUUCGACAGUGAUCACCGUAGACACGAGCUUUUUAGAGCUGAGAAAAUCUUUAGAAUUCGCCGGCGCACCGCAACUAAACAUAAACCUGCCGAAAAACUUCUUCUAAUAUUCGAGAAAUGCUAAUAUUCGCUUUGAUAAUAAAAUAAACGUUUUGUAUUAA